UUUGGGUAGCAUGGGAACAGUCGGGCCCGGUCUGGGAACGGAAGCGGGCCGUCCGUUGCUGUUGCGCAAUCAAAUCAGCUCCGAGGUGCAGCGAUAAGAGCGGAGGAGCACACGGGCUGCGACCGCUCGGACAUCUGUCGCCGUUCCUUGAAGGACGCAUCGAUACAUCGCAGUUGCACGCGAAAACGACACCGCAAAUGAGGACGUUGACUUCCCGCACGCUGGCGUUGGUCUUCUUCUGGACAGUUUUCUCGCAUUCUCCGGGGUCAUCGCAGACAACGAUCCACCCGUGCGACAAGAGGACCUUUGAGAACAACGUCCACAUCUGCCGGUCGGCUUUCAACCAGAGCAUGGAAACCAGCGGCUACCGGCGAGGAUGCGCGUGGCCGGCUGUCAAACGCGUCUACUACGAUCUGAAGCUCUGCGUGGAUCACUGGGCCGCCGCGUCUUUGUGUCAGAGUCGCGGCUCUCUCGUGGACGACCUCUUCAGGGAAGUGCAUGGCAAGUACUUUGCUUCCUGCGGGCAGGUCCGGGACCCGGCGGUCGGCGGCCUGGUCGCUCUGAUCGCGCCGGUCGUCCUGGCCACAGUCCUGAUGCCGUUUCUGUUGGUCAAACUGGCCACGUGGAACACGGGCAUCGACGUCCGCCCGGUAGGCUGAAGCGGAUCCCGAGAUAUGUUUCGAGUGGCAUUGCUCUCUCUCCCUUUCCUGCCUCGAGCGUUUCUGUAUGAAAUCAUGACCCUGAUUGAUCUGGCUGAACAUGACGAUGGGACUCCUUCACCAGCAGCUCCUCCUUCCAUUGCGAGCCACUUGACAGCACUUGGACCCGAUGUUCCGAGGCCUGCAGAGAAAAUCGUGUCCCAUCACAACGUGAAAAUGAGCUUUUCGUCAUGUUCGGCAGAACUUUGAUGCUCAGAUUUGUUUUGUUUUCCAACGCCUCAAACUAUUAAAAAAAUAUAUAUAUACUGAUUUUUUUUCUUUUGGAUUUAUUGUAGGCAACUAAGAAGCGGCGUGCACAACAAUGACUCACCGCACUGCUUGUGUUCCACAUCAGUGGCUCGGGACAAGCGCCUUCCUCAUUCACUUCAUCCCUUCGGGACACACUUCAUAGACUGUGACUUGCUCUCUGCUCUAAUUUUUAGAAAAUGCCGAUUGCGGUUAUAUAUUCCGGCAACUCGAACAACCCCGGUAUAGUCUUGUUAGGCAGCGACGAAGCACCGCGUCGGCCCUAGCGCUGAAGCGGCACCAAGUUUUGUUGGGCGGCAAUUGGUGUGAGUGCUCUGGGACGGAUGAGAGGCCGACGGAAGCGCCCGCCGCACGUCGAGAACACGUCAGAGUCUCGAAUGGAGCCGGAAGAAGUUGCUGGAUUUGUCGCUCGUGGCUUUUUUUGAAUCGGAGUCGCUCGAGGGGUCAGAAAGGCGGCGAAACGGAGCGAGAAGGUGGCACCAUCUGGCAUCUGGGACGUCACGUCACACGACAAAGACGCCGCCUUGACGCCAACACACUGCGGCUUCAUUUGAACGCCGUACCACCCAGAUGGUUGUCGCCGAACAUUUAGCGUCCUCCUCAGCAGGGAUUUUGUUGACAUUCCGCAUGCGUAAAUCAAGUGUCAAAAGCGCGACGGCUCCGGGGUCUGCGGGUUCGGCCAAGUGAGUCAAAUGACAAGAACCAGGCGCUAUUGAGAAUGGAAGCUUUUCAGAAGCGGCGCAAUAGUUCAUUUGGGUUUGGGGUUUUGUUUUGUUUUUGUUUGUGCCCGGGAUGACACAUGCGGCAAGCGUUUUUGUGUCUCGCUUCCCCUUUUGUUUGGCUUGUGUCAGUGGCAUACAUCAAGCGGCCGUGCGUGACGCUUUUGACGUUUCUUCGGGGGUAAAAUCCAGGCGGGCCAUUUAUUCCUGGCUCGAGUUUGACGCUUUUUUUUUUUAAAGACGUCAAACAUUUCCUCAUGGCUGGGUGUGUCAUUCUGUACAUCGGCGUAAUAACUGUACUUUUAAAUUUGGCACAACUUUUUAUAGUCGCUGUAAUGAAAAGCCAAACAUCUCCCCAAGCCUCGAGACCAUCCAGAACUUAAAAGAUGCCUGGAAGUGUUUUUGCUUUUCACAAAACGUUUCGUUGUAUUAUUAUUUUAUUUAUUUUUUGGCGGUGAGCUCUGAACUCUUUCGACGUGUGAUUUAUUGCUUGGUGUGAUAUUGACUGUGAGUGGGAUCAAAGAAAAGCUGCCCAAUGAUGAACCUUCCCGUCCUGCAAUGGCUGAAACACACAAGAAAACAAUUUGACAUCAACCAAAGGAACAACAAACCAAAAACC